AUGAGUCAACAACAAACCAAGCAGACCCAGAUCCAGCCUUGUAGAUACAAGGUCGGGAAGACAUUGGGUGCUGGUUCGUAUUCCGUUGUCAAGGAAUGUGUCCACAUCGACACUGGGCGGUAUUAUGCCGCCAAAGUCAUCAAUAAACGCCUGAUGGCUGGUCGGGAGCACAUGGUACGGAAUGAAAUCGCCGUUCUCAAGAAGAUCUCAAUGGGACACCAGAACAUCCUGACACUGGUCGACUACUUCGAAACCAUGAACAAUCUGUAUCUCGUGACCGAUCUGGCCUUGGGUGGUGAGCUCUUCGACCGUAUCUGCCGUAAGGGCUCCUACUACGAAUCCGAUGCUGCCGACCUCAUCCGUGCUACGCUCUCCGCCGUUGCCUACCUCCACGACCAUGGCAUCGUCCACCGCGAUCUCAAGCCCGAAAAUCUGCUCUUCCGAACCCCAGAAGACAACGCCGAUCUCUUGAUCGCCGAUUUCGGUCUCUCUCGAAUCAUGGACGAGGAGCAAUUCCAUGUCCUCACCACGACCUGCGGCACUCCCGGCUACAUGGCACCUGAAAUCUUCAAGAAGACCGGCCACGGCAAGCCUGUGGACCUGUGGGCUUUGGGCGUCAUCACAUACUUCCUCCUGUGCGGCUACACCCCCUUCGACCGGGACUCCGACUUCGAGGAGAUGCAGGCCAUCCUGAACGCCGACUACAGCUUCACACCCGUCGAGUACUGGCGCGGGGUCUCCACCCACGCCAAGGAGUUCAUUAGACGAUGCCUCACCAUCGACCCCGCCAAGCGCAUCACAGCCCACGAGGCCCUCCAGCACCCCUUCGUCGCCUCCCAGGUCACCAGCGACGGCGCCGGCGAGAACCUGCUGCCCACCAUCAAGAAGAACUUCAACGCCCGCCGCACCCUCCACACCGCCAUCGACACCGUCCGUGCCAUCAACAAGCUCCGCGAGGCCCAGAACAACGUCUUCAUGGACGGUGCCCGAUCCAAGGAGCCACAGCGCGGGCCCGCCCCCAACGCACUGCGCGCUCCCGCGGCAGCCUUCGCAGCUGCUGGGGCCGCGGCCAGGGACAGGGACAGUGGCUAUGGCACAGUUUCUUCUGCUGCUGGAGAAGAUGUUGUUAUGGGCAACACAGACAUGAGCAGCGUCCCGGCCUCGCUGCAGCCCGGGAACGCGGGUAACAAAGUCGUGGAAACUAGCAAGGGGCUCUGGACCGCACCCACGACGGCGGCCGCCAGGAGAUGA